AUGCGGGACAUCAGCCGAAGUCCUCUGAGCCCAUGCAGAAGUGUCUCGUCGGGGUCCCCCCUCCCCGCCCCGCCCCGAGAUCGUAUCCACAUGCAGGUGUUCCGGGGGCAAGGCGAGCAAAGUGAUGCACCUUUGUGCGCGGGGCAAGGAGGAGGCGAAGCAGAAGACACUUCCGCGGUGGAAAUGAGCUCGAGGAACAACGUCAGUGUGAUCUACGUGUCCGGGCAGGACUCGUCGCCGCCGCAGAACCGGACCGUGAUGAACGUUUCGGGGGACGAUAGCGUGUUCUACGAAUAUGUGCCCAUGGAUGGGUCGCCGAGUGACGCGGGAAAGGUCUCGUCCCCACACGCGUCGAACUUGACUCCUCGGACUGCUCGGGCCAUGGCGGAAAAAGCUGUGUUUUCCACCAUUCAACAGGCCUUGGAGAAAGUCACUCAGCAGUCCCAGAGCCGCCGGAACGGAACCGGAACGGAUUCGGUCUUCUCCACGGCUUCUUCCGGAUUAUCCGAUCAAGCGACGGCAUCCGUGAAAAGCAAAGGCCGACUGUCCACACCGUCUUUCUACGGCAAGCAUGAUUUCAACCGAUCUUCUGCCUCUCCCUGGUCGGGAUCCAACAGUUCCACGCUCCAGUUGCUCCGUCGAAAUCAUCCCUCAGCAUCUCUCAUUCACGAUGACAUGGGUGGAGGCUGGCCGAGCAAAUUCCACGCUUUCAUGGUCAGCCUUGCUUUGAUCUUCGGUUUGGGGAAUCUCUGGAUACUUCCUGGCCUCGUCUUCGAAUACGGAGGGGGGACGUUUAUCCUCGUGUUUCUGCUCAUCUGGGUUCUCAUUUGCCUCCCUCUCUAUCUUUUGGAAUCUGCCCUCGGCCAGUUCUCCGGCAGGGGCUUCACAUCGUCCUGGAAAUGCGUCCAGCUCUUGAAAGGGGUGGGAGUAGCGCAAUUCUUGUGCUGCAUUUAUGCGGGGGUGUUGUACCUGCCCGUGGUCGCCACGGGCUGGAUGUACCUCAUUGAUGGAAUGGAUAUCCUUGGGAAAUUUGAUUCCCCGGACAAGAGGGCUUGGACUUUCCCUGCGGGAGUACUCGUCUCAGUCCUCAUCGUCUGUGUCUGCCUGUCGAUGGGUUUCCGAAAAUGUUCGCACUUCCUCUCGUUCCUGGCCUGCAUCACCGGAUGUCUUUUUGUCCUCCAAUUCAGCUUCGGUAUUUACAUCGAUGCUACUUAUAACUUCAAGGGUCUUCAACACCUCGUCGACUUUCAUUGGAAGCGAUUGGAAGAGCCCAAGCUUUGGUAUGAGGCUUCAGUUCAAGUAUUGCUCUCGAUGUCCUUGGGAUUUGGUCUCUUGACCUCCUUGGCGAAGAAUAACGGGUUCCGGACAGACGUUUGGACACAUUCGGCCGUUAUGAGCGUGGUCGGCCUCAUGAUCGCUUUGAUGUCCAUUUUGACAACUUUUGGCCACCUUGGCGGCUUGGAAUCCGUCUACAACACGAAUCUCUUCCCUGACCGAGAAAUGGAUCUCUCUGGAGACGCGGAGGCAUUGAUCCGUGAACUUCGGUUUGGACUCCCAUUCAUCGUUUUCUCAGGUUCUGUCGGAAUCACUCCAAACACCAUCCGUGUCCCUUCUGAAGUUCAGCUCGUCAUGACAAUGCUCUUACUGAUCUUCUCAGGACUUUGCUCACUUAUUCUGCUCGUCAACGGCAUGAGCGAAUCACUAGCUGAGGAAGUGCACAAAAAUUUGCGUCGAAGGUCACUCAUGAUGUUUCUCGUUAUUACUCUGAUCACGAUGUUCGCCAUCACCUAUCUGGCCGUUGGAGGAUACAACUUCUAUACAUGCAUGGAGAGUCUUAUUUUGAAUUUGGGACUCUCAUCGACUGUCGUUAUUGGAGUCUUCACCUUGGUUCAUGCAUACGGUGUAUCGAAGCUGAAAACUGACAUCGAGUUUAUGCUAUACAAGGAAAUUUUGGGAAUCUAUGGCAUUUGGUGGUCAUUCCUCCUUCCCCUGGUACUCCUGGUGACUUUGGGGUCAGGUCUCUAUGCGCAUGGGAGCAAAAUCAACCUGAAUGAAGUGAGCUCUUGGGUCAUUCCUAUUGGAUACUCUGGUGCAGCUCUUCCCAUAUUUUUCACCUGCCUGCUGGCUGUUCGGAGCCUCAUCAAGCAAAUCGACUAUGGCAUUCGCGCUAAGCUGAAGGCAGCCUUGAAGCCAGCAUCAGAUUGGGGGCCUCAAGAUCCCAUAGUCCGUCACAACUGGAUGAAGUGGAAAGCUCAGAGUGCAGGGAAUACAGGCACAACCUCUAGUAGCAUUUAUGGGUAACUGUUGACCCAUUCGAAGAGUGCCAAAAGGAACCCUCACCUUUCACAUCUAGUCAGGUGCAAUGACAUCGAAAGAAGACGCUUUUCACUCGGUGAUCCCAUAGUCGUGUCCCAAAAGGUUUGCACGCUCCCUUCUGGAUGUGAAUCCAUGAGGCCAAGCAUAUUAAUUCCUUUAUUAUUAAGAGAACAUUUAUAUUUGAAGAUGAGCCUCAAACUUCAUGCUUCUCAUCGAAGGGUUCUUAUUUACGAAAUUGUGCCACUGUUGACUUGUUGAAAAUAAUGUGGUAAUAAAAAUGAAAGCAGA